AUGAGCCAGACCACCGCCCCCGCGCCCCUUCCCUCCCAGCCCUCGACCCCCUCCUCGCCCCUCUCCUCUGCCCUCUCCUCUACUGUUCUCUCUGACCCCACUCCUAGAGAUACCAACCCUUCCCUACCCGAGAAGGCGGCACUGAAGCGCAUCCUCCGCUUCCUGCGCGGCCGCGCCUACCACCGCUCCCUGCGCAACACAGUGAAGCGCCUGCAGCGCACCGGGGCGAUCGAUCACUGGGACUCUUCCGUGGAGUUCAAGGACAAGGCACGCGCCCUGCAGAGGAAGUGGAUCGUGCGCGACUUCAAGCACUUUGUCACCACGGCGAUCUACCUGAUCCAGCGGGACAUGGUAAAGCGCGGCCUGAGACUGACUGACAGCGAGCACGUGGGUGUCUUCAACAUCCGCAAGUUCAUCGCCGCGAUCCUCAUCGACAACCGUCCGGAGGGCUGCUUCGAGACGCUCGGACGGCUGGAGGCGAGGGUGCAGGACGCCGCCCGCCUGAUGAUCACGACCUUCCGUGGCAUCUGCCGCAUCCACCCCACCGUCUCCUGGCGCCCCGAGGGCAGCCAGAGCUGGGCGGAGUGGAGGGACUUCCUGUCGCAGCUCAACAACUACCUGGUUUGCUUCGAGAUCUGGAAGGUGCCCGAUGAGCACAAGCUGACCGAGCGCGUCAAGCACGGCCUCCUCGCGCUCUACAAGGCGGAGUCGCACCUGAAGCCUGGCGACAUCGACAUGACGAAAAUGAAGCAGGAUUUCCAUUCCCAGAAGCUGAAGCUCCGCAUGAAGCUGAAGCAGAUCGCGGGAGAGAGCGGCGUGCGGCUCUUCGACGACUUCCUCCGUGAGCAGGGCUUCAUCGUGACGGAGGAGGACCUGCAGGAGUACGUCCCGGAAAGCGAGGAGGAAAACGUCAAGGUGAACAAGGACGGGGUCUCGUCACUCCCCGGGCGCAUGACGAACGAGCAGCUUGCGCACGAGCUUCUCCUCGACCCAGGCUUCAAGCUCGACGCCCAAGGCGCGGGGUACGUGGAGAACGAGACCCUCUCCAACAUCCGGGAGGCUUUCAAGCAGUCCUUCUGGGCGAGCCUCGUCGACGACCUCAGGCUCUCCGUCCCCUGCUACGUCCGCGUGCUGAAAGUGGUGGGCGAGGUCAGGGACGGGAUCAUCGAUCUCGUGCCCAGCCGGGCUCGGGAGCUCAGGGAGAAGAUCGACAUCGCCUACUGGAAGGAGCAGAUCGACCAGGAGCUUAUUGACUGGCCCUCCUGCGUCGCGCUGAUCGACACGCUGCUCUCCAUCGAGAUCGAUAUGCAGCGCGGGGAGCUCAAGCAGGAGACUAUCAGGGAGAGGGUUCGUAUCAAGGAAGAGAUGGAGGGCGCCGCCACCGAGGACCAGCCCAGGAUCUUCUGUGUCUCACUGCAGUUUGCGCUCGAUCAGGUCAACAAGAUGAGGGUGGAAGCUGCCAACGACCGCCUCCGGAGCAUCGCCUUCGUCAUCCAGAACCACGGGGUGGAGUAUGAACGGGCGCACAUGGCAAGGAAGAUUAAGAAGAACCCCCUCUACCUCCGCAUCACGCCGAGCUGGAUCCGCAAGACGGUGGAGGCCGAGACGACCAGGAGCUUUGGUAUGCUUUCCAAGAUCCUGACGGGUGACAGCCAGGCGUACAAGGACAUCCACUCCCUGGCCGUGCUGCGCCUGGUUGCAUCGGACGAGCCUGUGCAGACGGACACCUGCCCGGAGACCUUGUCGCUCGACCUUGUGAGGCUGCAGCACCUCCACAACCAGUUCAACUUCGACAAGAUCGCGGCCUGCAUGCUGGCCAUGGCCUCGCAGCGCCUGCGGGCAAAGGGAGGCUCACCGGCGGUCGACGACGUCCUGCUCCGCAUCAAGGCUUCGAUUGACAGCUUCGACGCUUCAAGGCUGGGAAAGGACAGGGCCAGGGACGCGUUUGUUGCGGCUCUGGAGAACGACCUCACCCCGGUGGAUAAGGACACCAUCUCCUCGCGUCUUCCCGGGAACAAGGCCUACUCCGCCGAAUUCCUCAACGAUCUCCUGGAAGUCGCCCCUCUCGUCCUUAUUAACAUGCACAGGCCGAUCGAGGACCAAUGGCGGAACAUUGUUGUCGACCGCAACUUCAACCCCCCCACCUCCAAGUUCCUCCAGGAUGUGUUUGACAGGAUCCUCCGCAGCGGGAACUUGCUUGUGAAGGUGGUCGAGCUCAACCAGAAGGUUCACUUCGAUACCUACAACGAGAUGAUACGCUCGGAGGGCAAGAGGAUAUUUGAGCUCCGGGAUUAA